UUUUUUUUUUUUCUUCCACGCUCCCAUUCGAAAAACUUCCCGGACCAAUCCGUGCACAGUCCCGCUGCAGUGGCUCCUCCUCCCCGCUGCUUGCUCCCACAUGUACGUUAUCACAGCCUCUGUCCGUCUGUUACAUUGUCUCAUUGGGGACGCAGCGUUACGGAGCGCAGCGCCAUGGUAACUCCAUUGGACCGAGAAGCUGAUGAGUGUUAAAAAAAAAGGACGGUGUCAACAGGAAAUUAAGGGUGGAUUAAUCUGAGGCAUGGCUCGUUGAUGUGGACGGUGAAUUAAUUAAUUGUAGUGUUGUGCCAACGGCGCUGCGUGAAGCUGUAGGGUACAUGGCACGUUAGAAAUGGCGAGGAUUAUAUUUUCCUCUAUGUUGCCAUCGCUCGUCCGGAGCUCAUCCGGAGCUUAGCACGUUCAUUCCUCUCACUCAUCGCACUGCAUCUGAGCGGUGGUCAGCGGUGCGCUCCUGUUCCGCCCGCGGGCACACCGACGAGGAUGGCCCGCCGCGGCUGCGUGAACUCGCUCUGGUCGGGCACGGAGCGCGUCCGCAUCGGAGAGCGCCUCAAAGCGACGCUGGCCGGGGUGCUGGAGCUGGAGGUGCUCAGGUGCAAACACCUGGAGAUGGUGGACGCCGCUCUGGAGGACCGAGCCUCCUGUGACUCUGUGUCUGCCGCCAACGCCGACGAGCCACAGGCUGCAGAGGAGGAUGGAAGCGGAACCCCGGAGAGCGCCGCCUGCAUGGAUGCGGAGCAUGGCUCUGCGACAUCCCGCAGGCAACAGGCUCCGUCUCCCUCUGAUAUAGUGGUCUUGCCGUGUCAGAGCAGCCCAGAGGACUCUGUCAGCAGUUCAGGGGAUGGGAUGGUCCACUCUUCAUCUGGCAGGGGGAGUAACUCGCGCUGGUCUACUCUGUCCUGGGACGCACCCUCUGACCUGCUCUCUCCCCCAACACUAGACCCCAGUGGUACAGUCCACCUAGAAAGCGACUCCAGACCUAGUUCAGGCUUCUAUUCAGUGAGUGGGAGCUCUCUCUCGGACUCUUGCUACUCUGUGUCCAGUGAUGCCGCUCAGGGAGGAUCUGCGCCACCAGCCAGACCCCUGAAGCUGUGGGAGCAGGCUCCUCUGUCUGCUGAAAACACUGACAUCCUGUGGUCAGAAGGGGCAAUGCAGCAGCAGCAGCAACAGCAGCAACAACCUGCACUGCAGAACAAACCAGAGGAUAGUGAACCAACAGAAGGGACAUCAGUAUCAGUCCAAAAUGACCUUGAAGCAACUGGUCUGAGCUUCCUAUCUGACCUCUGCUUAAGCCUCGGUGACUCCCUGAUUUCUUCUCUCCUUCCACUUCUUGAUCCCACCUCCGCUUCCUCCACUGCAUCCCUCCAUCCAAAACCCCAGCUAGACUCUCGCUACUGCACAGACCUGGUGUCCCGUCGGACGAAAGAGGUAUAUCCCUACCCCAGCCCACUGCAUGCCGUUGCCCUUCAGAGCCCCCUCUUCACCUCCCAGAGUCAGGAACAAUCAGCCUCUCCGAGUCCUGAAGGAAAUCAAUUAGAUGAAGAGUCAAACAAUGAUCCAACACUGCCUCUACAGCCUCAACAGCCUGCUUCCUUCACCCAGCUGGAGCAGUACAUCUCUCGACUGGCUCGCCAAUACCACAGCCGGGUAAGCUCCUCCACUUCUGAUCUCACUUCAGCUGCCACACAUAUUCCAGUCACGCACAGAGGCCUUUGUACCCCGGGCAGGAGUCACGGUUCCACCCAGUCCCUUUCUGCCUUCGAGAGCCGCAGUGCACUGAGCAUCACUCCCUGUAAGUCACUGCUGGGAAACUCUGCCAGAGUCAGCCUCAGUACGACUGGGAAAAAAGCCACCAGGAAUUCAAUCAACCUGGGUAACCUUCCUUCAGCAACUGGUGAGGACUUGAACAUAAAUCUGCACCUCAACCUCAACUUGAACCUGACUCCUGGUUUAAACUCUAGCCGGGGACUGGUGGACAAUCCCAAAAAUGGCAGUAGUGGAUCUUUGAAGAGCGACUUUGCUGCACCUUCCACGGUUUCUGCUACAUCAUUCUCCUCCACUACACCCACUCCAGCUGUUAGGACUCGCCCUCGCAUUUCAACAUGUCCAAGCAGCCUGAGCCACCGCAGUUCCCUGGAGGUCAGCUCAGGGUCUGUACCCAGUUCUGGAUUUGGGUCAUCUGCCUUCUGCCGCUCAUUAGACUGGAGCAGCGGUGCUCCACCUGAGACUGGGUCAUCAGUAUUUGGUACAAACUCUGGAUCAGCUCCUGGGUCUCAGCGCAGCAGCUUGAUCCAAGAGUCCAGCUCCAGUCCUAAGCUAAGCGAAGACUCCCCCAUGGUCGGGGAGAUCUCCCGUCUCUCUGGCCUCUCUAGGGCUGUUGUGGUUGGACUGAUGGAACAAGGUGUGGAGCUGGACAUUGACUGCUUUCAAACAGACACUGCAGGCGAGGUGAGGGGUCACAGUAAAACUCACCUGACAGCCCAGACUGAUCAGUCACAUGACUAUGCUAGACUGACUGACCUGAAUCCCCAGAGACCAAUACAGUUGUCGCUCAGUGUCACCCAUUCGCCACAGUCACAGUCCAGUCUCACCCCUCCUCUCUCACACUCCAGCAGCCCUAUACACCCUUAUCAGUCCAUCCAUAUUCCCUCUCCCCACUACUCCUCACACUGCCACUACCAGCAGAUUCCUUCACCAUCCGACCUUCCCUCUUCCACAGCCUCCUCUCCUGCCUCCCGCCCCACUCCCAGGGGCCACUCCCCUCCCCGGCCUCUCCAGCCAUCCCCUCUGGGCGGCACCCCGCUCUCGGUUUUCCGACGCGAUGCACCCUUCCAGUGCUCCCUGCCUCGCACCAAUACGAGGAGCUCUCCUUUGGAGCAUGGCGGCAUCCUGCCAAGGGGUGGAUCUCUUCGGCAGAGUGGGGGAGGAAAUGGAGGUACUAGUGGGUGGAAGAGGGCAGAGGGGGAGGGGCUUUAUAAAGGAAAGCAUGCCUCACACAAGUUGAUCAGGGCAGCCACAGUAAGCAGCUAUGCCAAGAGAGAGAACUAUAGCUCAGUUUGGGGUCAGGAGCAGGAACGAUCAGCAGCCCAGACACAGAGGAAGUCCUCCAACAAACUCUGGAAGGGCUUUGAGGGACGCCUCUGGGGCAAAGAGUCUGAAAACGAAAGGGAGGAGAUGGACAGAGCAGAGUAUGGCUACAGUUGGAGGAGGAACAGCAUUGGAAGCUGGAGAAGAGAGCAUCGAAGGUCGAAGGCUUCAUCCAGUAAUAAUGACAAGAAGCCAAAAGUCGAGAACUCCCCCAUCUUCUCAAAGAAGAGGGGCAAGGAAGAAGGAGAGAGACGCAGCUCCAGCCUCAGGCUUUCCAGGAGGGCCUUGUUCAGGAGUGAGUCUCAAGGCUUGCUGGUGCCUCGUAACCACAGCGAGGAGCCCACAAAGCGUGCACACUGGGUCUCCUCAUUAGACGUGGGCAUGUACAUAAGCAAAGAGGAAGGAGUCAGACUGUUGAGAGCAAAGGAGGAAGACAAACGCCUAUCCUCCACUGCUAGCCUCUUUAACCUCUCUCGUUCUCAGAGCCUAGAAGGAAGCUGCCAUUCCAUCUCCCCUCUCUCCUCCCCUUCCUUCUCUCCAUCUCCACCUCCACGGAUGCCCCUUCAGCGCUCUCGAUCACUGAGAGACUUGGGGAGGAGAGUGUUUGGCUCCAUGAGGUCGCUAAGUCUCAAACGGAAGCCAUCCAAGAAGUGACAUUUGUACAAUAAACGAAAAUCACAGUAAAUACAUUUUCCAUGUGUUCUGUUCAAAACACCAGUAAUGAUUGGUAUUCUAUUUCAUGUGAAAGAAGUGCCAGCAUUUUUAAUUUUCAAGCUUCAAAAAUGUAUGAUUGAUUAGACAGAUUUCAUAUCACAGGCCAUAAGAUAUCUGCCAGUUGUCUGAUCUAUCACCAAUAGGCAUGUAAAGCCUGUAAAGCCCAACUAUUAAUUAUAUUUUUGACUCAUGUCUCUGAUUCUUGCAAUGUUUUUAUACAUUUUUAAAAGCAUAGCCACUUUUUUUAUCCUGCCCCCCAAAACUACAAAAUGUCUGCAGCAUAAUCAGAGUGCUUUGUAGCCAAAUGAUUGCACUGUGUCCCUCUGAGACUUUCCUCCCUGAUAAUGUAUUAAUAUAACCUGUGCACCCUACAGUAGUAGGAGAGUGCUACAGGAUUUAGCAUGGCCAACAGAGAAACGUCUGUGAAGAAAACGCAGGUGACAACUUCAUUUAGGGGUGAAUAAUUCAUUUUAGGAGCUCCAGUGAACACCAAACAUUUAAAAAACCGUAUUAGUGUGGGUUUUUUCAGUGUGAAUGCAAUUUCAAAGUAUUUGAACAGGAACACUUUUCUGGGGUCCUUUUGAGCCUGACUUAAAUAUAUUGAAUAUAAACUCGUUAUAUUGGCUAUAAACAGCUUCAUUACAUAUUGGUUGUCCUCCUGUAAACAUGAGUAUGAAUGUGUCUGUGUACACCUUCUGCAUGCUGCUCUGUGACUUGUUCAGUGAUUAUAGCUAUUGUGAGAAUGUGAUAUUCCUCUGUUUAUGGGCAAUAUCGCCUCUGAAGUACAAUCAUAUUGGCCAGAUGAUGACCAAAACCAAGCAAAUACUCUUUAACUUGAUAUUGUGCUCAGGAUUUUCAAAUAAAUAUUGAAUGAUUAAAAUAUUGAUGAGUUAUUUGAGACAAGAUGUGGCUUCUCAUGGCUUAUAAUAAAUAAAAGAAGCUUAUAACUAAACUUGUGCUGGGCCUGAAAUACUUUCAUCGUAUAAUAAUUUACAAUCAAAAAGACGUCACAGCUUCAACAUUAUUUAGAAAAAAUAUUUUACUUGAAAACUCACAAAAUCGACAUUCACAGCACUGACCAUACAACUGCAAUCAUGAAGGCAUAAUCAGAACUUUGAGUAGUGCAUGAAGAGUCUCACUUUACCUUAGAGAGGAUCCAAAGUCUUGAUCUUUUGGGCUAAAAUUAAAAAAAGCUUUGUUUCCGUGUUGCUAGGAAACUAACUUUCCUGCUCUCUCCUUUCUAUUUUCAGCAGCGACAUCUUUACUUUCCC